CUCAGUGAAAUAUCGCCACGGCCUGACGAUUUUAUAGUUUGUCUUGAAAACAGUAACUCACUCGAUGAGCUGGAGGCGAUUUUCAAGUCUGUUCAGGAAGAGAAAGUAGUUCUGCGUGGAAAAGACUCUGGAGGUGAUCAAGGUGUUUUUGUGAAGCAGCAGCUCAGCAGUUUGGACUUUGUGGAAAGUCUCAUCAAAAAAAGACUAAUUCUUCUUGCUAACAGCACUGUCGACAACGGCGGAUUAGACGUGGCUCGCGCACUGUCCAUAUCUGACGAUGGCUUAGUCCAGCUUCCACUUCAUGUUGUUCUUACAAACGGAGUCGCUGUGUCAUAUUUCAUCGACUACCUACAGACUGUCGGAGGACAAAAUUACAUAGAUUUCUACUUAGCGAUUGAGGGUUUUAAAGUGUCAGUUGAACAUCAGCUCAGAACUCUUUCAAGUGGUGAGACAGUCUGUGCGGAAGUUUACGAAACAAUUAAGGAAGCCGCUCAAUUCAUGUACCAGCAGUAUCUUUCGCAAGAGGUUCCUAUCUUCAAAUCUUGUUUUCUAAUUGAGAUGUUUUCAUAG